GCUGGAGAAAAACAAAGAAUCCCAUUGAUGACCAAGUUGUGUUAAAACCUCGUGGAGGAAAACGUCUUGGAGUCAAACUCUAGAAUCUGUGAGGAGAGAGCACGGAUCUACAAAGCAAAACGAAACAGCCUGCUGUUAUCAUGAGGAUGUUUUUGGCUUCGAUUUUUCUUCUUAUCCUCCCCAUCAUCCGGGCUCAGGUUCCCCACUGGGGUCCAUGUCCAGAACCAGAAGUCCAGCCCGCCUUCACCCUCAGACAGUUCAUGGGGAGAUGGUUUGAAAUUGCCAAGCUGCCGGCCCAGUUUGAGAAGGGACGCUGCAUCGAGACCAAUUUCACUCUGAUGACAGACAACUCCAUUCGAGUGGUCAGCUCGGAAAUACUAAAAGGAGAAGUGAAGAAAAUCAGAGGAACAGGUGUGAUAGAGGAUCCGAAGAAUCCAGCCAAGCUGGGAAUAAGUUAUUCCUAUGUCCUGCCUUACACCCCAUACUGGAUUCUGUCCACUGACUAUGAGAACUUUGCCCUGGUGUAUUCCUGCACUGACGUCCUCAGGCUAUUCCAUGUGGACUUCGCCUGGAUCCUGGGCCGCACCCGGAGCCUUCCGGACACCACCCUGGAGAAGGCCAGGCAGACCUUUGCCAACAACAACAUUGAUGUGACCAGGAUGAUCCCUAGCAGGCAGCAGGGCUGUGACAAAACUCUGUGAGGCUGCAUCAAAAAAGCGACACAAGAUGGCGCUGUUGCUGGUAGAAGAAGAUCUCCCUUCCCAGACUCACAUACAGACUCAGACUCAUCUUAGUCUGUAUGUGGAUAUGACUGUUUUUUCCCCCCAGAUUUAAAUACAUUAUCUGAUAAUUUACUUAAACAUUUUCUUUUUUUUUUAAAUCAAACAAUUCUUAAUGCGCAAGCCUCAAUGUAAAAAUGUAUUUAUUUAUUUUGUUUUUAAAAGGAAAAUCUCCUGUUAUUCUAAUUGAAUUCACAUGACACUGACUGUUCGAUUUUCUCCCAAACAGCAAACAUGAAGGAUCUCAUUAGUCGUAUUAAAGCUGGUAAAACAUGUGGUCUCUCAUGAUCCAAAGACACGUUUCUGAACAAAUGAACCUUUAUUUCUUCUAUUUAGAAGUAUUUUCCUGGUAUUGUUCUUCUCAAGAAGGUACAAGUUCAAUUUUGGGUGACAGCAGGGAAUAGUGAAUAGAUGCCUGCAUUAAAUUGGCCGUUAUUCAAAUAUUAUAUGACAGCGAGUAAAAAUAUUCAUGUUUGGAAAGUCAGAGCCUUGUCUCCAAAAAGACUUAUCUUUUAUGAAAUUUUUCAUUUAAAUGAAAUCAUGAAUUUUUUUAGAUAGUUCUGUUGGUAUUGAUGAUAUUCUGAGUAGUUUUGCUUUUUUCAACUUUUAUUUACUUUAUUCCAGAGUUUUAAUGCAAAAAAAGAAACUGUUGGAUACAGCUUACAAUACCUUAUAUGCUUUAAUUAUUCAUGAAUGUUAUUGUAUUUUAGCAGGAUUUUAGAAGAAAGUCUGAUGUAAAAUAGUAUACAAGUUUGAAAUUAUGAAACAAUGAUAUAUGGUCAUCAAUUUCUUUUGUUCCCGACAAAGUAAAGGCCUUACAAGUGCUCUAGAUGUCAGCAUUACACAUGUAGAGACUGAAAUCCCCUGCUAAGGACAGGCAUCUAUGCAGCAUGAUGCCUGUUCUUAGCAGGCAAGGCAAGUCUAUUUAUAAUCCCCAUUUUAACAAAUAUUAGCACAUUUUAAACAACAAAAACAUAAGAAAAAAACAUAUUUAAGUGCAUAUCAGUGGCAUCAUGAAGAAACAUGCAGAAAAAGUUGGACCAUAGACUGAAACUCACAACUUAACUCACUUUUAGUUAAUAGUUUAAAUAGAAAAGUCAUAGUCAUCUUUAAGUAAAUGUGUUUUAUUAUAGUGAUUUGAAAGAAUUAAGGAUUUCAGCAUUUUAGCAAUUUUUUAGGAGUUUAUUCUACUUUAGUGCAGCAUAAAAACUAAAUGCUGUUACUCCAUGUUUCCAUGUUUCUACUCUUGGUUCUGGUGAUACAGAGAGACUUGAACCAGAAGACUUGAGUGGUCUGAAAGGUUGACACAACAGCAACAGAUGCUCCCACCUUAGCUGUGAAUCUCUUGUUUCCCUUUCAGCUUAAUACAGUAGUCGGAAAUCUUUGAGAACCCAAGGGCCAUUUUUCACCCCUUUCAAUAAAACUUUACCAAAGGCCCAAAACUUCUAUCAUUGCUUUAAAAUAAACCCUAUUACCGGUAGGUUUCAGAAUUAGCUUUAGUAGAAAAGCUAAUUUUUAAUAAUAUUCAUUCUUCUUAGCAAAAAAUCUAAACAUCAAAUUUAAAGAGAAAAAGGUCAAAAAAUCCUUAAACAGAACUUUCUUUGAGGAAGACAAUGUUAAUUAGCACCUUGAUUGCAGCUUAGUAUGGAAGCCCAUUUCCGCCAUAUGAGAGUAAAGAAAUGCCAAAUAGAAAGUCAUAAAAGAAAAGUCAAUAAAAGGACUAAACUAAAAAAUAAAGGCCAUUCUAUUCUGAAAAGUGUUAAUAUGUUGAAUGAAAACCCAGAAAUGUAUGUUCUUUAACGUCUGUAUAUUUAAAACCUCAGCCUAGUUCUAUGAAAUUUCUGGCCUUAGCCUCAUGUAGUAGCCUCAUUUUGGUAAGUUUGCCUUUGUGCCAUAUUGUUUCUAUGUAAAAACAAUGGAUUAUUAAAAGUUUUAGAUAUAUACACCUCA